AUGGCUGGGAGGUGUAAUCAAGGAAAGGGUGAGAUGGAUGUAGAGGAAGCCAGUGAUGAAAUGGCUGCAGAAGAGAGCUCUGUGGUCACCCACGAAGAAGAGAAGUCUAUUGCUGACGAAGAAAAAGGUGCAAGGUCUGUAACUGCAGUCGUGGUGGCAGGACUGGGGCUUGGAUCUUCGGUUAUCAACAGUAUCCUGAAUGGGCUGGGUUCAGUACAACGCAAGAUUGUAAUCUCGUUUGCCAACAAUACUGGCCAUCAGCUCACAGCUAUAGGUGUAUAUUUCUUUUCUGGAACAGCUGACAAUGGACUCCCUGGUGCUAUUCCUGAUAAAUCCACACUCGGCUUUGGAGCUCGCAAGACAAGUGGUCCUGUGGCGAGAGGCACUGUUGGGGUUAUCACACAUUAUCUUUCAGCCGAAAAUCGGACAGCCGCAAUCAUGUGGAGUGUCCCGUUUGACUACAACUUAUAUUCCAACUGGUGGAACUUUGAAUUGCGAAAUGGGAGAGUUUCCCCCUCAAGGAGCUUGUUCAACGAUCUCUAUUACACAGAUUCUGCAAUUAAGGGUGAUAGCAACUUUGUCUCUCGCUUUACUAAUGGACGGAAGUUUGAGGGGUCUAUGGGACACUCUGGCACUCCAGUUCUGGAUAUAACACUACAUUGA